AUGGGGUUCGUCAACUUCAAGAACUACCGGGUCUAUAUUUUGACCUCGGUGGCCUACCUGGGUUCUCUGCUGUUCGGAUAUGACACGGGCGUGAUGGGCUCGGUCCUGGCCCUUUCGAGUUUCAAAAGGGACUUCGGCCUGCCUGUCGAGUCGUCCGGCUUCAGCGACGAGAAGAACGCCCAGGUUUCCUCCAACGUGGUUUCGCUACUCACCGCAGGAUGCUUCUUCGGUUCCAUCGGCGCCGCGUACAUGAACGACAGACUGGGCCGUCGAUACUCGCUAAUGAUCCUAACCGUGGUUUUCAUGGUCGGCGCAGCGCUCCAAACUGCUGCUCAUCAUGAAAUCGGCCUGAUCUACGGCGGACGUGUCAUCGCCGGUCUGGGUAUUGGUGGCAUGUCCAGUAUUACCCCUGUGUUCGUUAGUGAGAACUGCCCGCCCGCAACCCGUGGUCGUAUCGCCGGUCUGUUCCAGGAGUUCCUGGUUAUUGGUAGCACUUUCGCCUACUGGCUGAACUACGGCGUUUCUCUGCAUGUCCCCGAAGGCACAAGUCAAUGGCGUAUUCCAGUCGCCAUUCAAAUUAUCCCCGGCGGGCUGAUGCUCGUUGGAUUGUUCUUCCUGAAGGAGUCACCUCGUUGGUUGAUGAAGAAUGGUCGCCGCGAGGAGGCACUCAACUCUCUCGCUUACAUUCGAAAUGAGCCUGAGAAUAGUGAGGUUGUGCAGACUGAGUUUGCUGAGAUUACUGCUGCUAUCCAUGAAGAGUCUUUGGCUACGGAAGGUUUGACCUGGAGGGAGUGCUUGAAGCCAAGUAACCGAUACCGCUUCUUCCUGGCAUUCGUCCUUAUGUUCUGGCAGCAAUUUUCUGGGACAAACAGCAUUGGAUACUAUGCGCCUCAGAUCUUCGCAAGUGUCGGACUAAGCAAAACAAAUUCCUCCUUGUUUGCUACCGGUAUCUACGGGACCGUCAAGGUGAUUGCGACAGCCAUCUUCCUGGUCAUCGGCAUCGACCGCUGGGGCCGAAAAAAGAGUUUGAUCGGUGGUGCCGCCUGGAUGGCUAGCAUGAUGUUCAUCAUUGGUGCAGUCCUUGCCACGCAUCCCCCGAAUCCAGAUGCCUCCUCCGUCUCAUCGGCAUCCAUUGCCAUGGUCGUCAUGAUCUAUCUAUAUGUCAUCGGCUACUCAGCAUCCUGGGGACCCGUUCCCUGGGUGUAUCUCGGCGAGAUCUUCCCUACCCGGCUCCGUGCCUACGGUGUCGGAUUCGGUGCCGCAACACAAUGGCUAUUCAACUUCGUCAUCACCGAGAUCACUCCUCGGGCCAUCAACCAGAUUGGCUGGAAGACCUUCCUCAUGUUCGGCAUCUUCUGUUUCGCCAUGGGGACCUUCGUCAUUGUCUUCUUCAAAGAAACGAAGGGCCGGACCCUGGAAGAGAUGGAUCUUAUUUUCGGUGCUGUUGAUGAGCAGCAGAGACGCGCGGACAUGGAGCAUACCUUGGAGAAGUCUCAAAUUAUGCAGGAAGAACAUGCAGAGACGGAGAAGACUGGGGAAACUACGGAGCACAAGGAGUAA